AUGGCCUCUUUCUUACUCAUCCUUUUGGCUUUCCUGUCUGUUGUGGACGCAGCAGGUCUGUCCGCCAAUUACCCCAUCAACGCGCAGUUGCCUCCGGUCGCGCGAGUAUCGCAGCCCUUCAGUUUUAUCUUCGCCGACGACACAUUCGCCAACGCCGAUUCGAAAACGAAGUACUCACUGACUGGUGCGCCAGAAUGGCUGGAAGUCGAAAGUAGCAGUCGCACGCUUUCUGGUACACCGCACUCUGAUGACGAUGGCUCCAAGGCUUUCAAGCUUGUGGCGUCGAAUGGAUCCGACUCGGACAGCAUGGAUGUCACCCUCAUCGUGACCUCGGACAGCGGACCUACUAAGGGAAAGUCUCUUAUAGCACAGCUGGAAAGACUGGGGCCAGUUUCAUACCCGGCAACGCUGUUCAUUCACCCUGGUCACCCAUUUUCAAUCACCUUCGACCCAGAAACCUUCCAGAACACCCACCCUGCGACGAUCUAUUACGGAACCUCGCCUAACAAUACGCCAUUGCCAUCAUGGAUCGGCUUCGACCCAUCUACCUUGACCUUUGCCGGCAUCAGUCCGUCAUUUCCCGGAGCCGGCCCUCAGACAUUUACUUUCCAGCUCAUUGCCUCGGACGUGGCCGGGUACAGCGCUGUCAACGAGACUUUCCAGCUUUCUAUCGGCCCGCACAUCCUGGCAUUCAAUGAGACUGUCCAGACAUUCAAUCUCACGAGAGGUGAAAACUUCAGCAGCCCCGACUUCCGGAGUCUGUUAUCCAUGGAUAACUCUCCAGUUUCGGGAGUGGAUGUGAAGAGUAUCGAUGCCAAUCUUCCAGGUUGGUUGACCAUGGAUGAGGAUAGGAUCUCCCUGAGUGGCACGCCGCCGAAGAAUGCAGUCAAUCAAAACAUCACUAUUCUUGCUACAGAUACCUUCGAGGAUCAAGCAAAAAUCAUGGUACGCUUAGAAUUCAUGGAGUUGUUCCUCGAGACUGUGGACGGUUGUGAAGCGACCAUCGGAGAAGACUUCAUGUUUGUGUUCAACCAGUCAGUUCUCACCGACAACUCCGUUCAACUCGACGUAGAGUUAGGCAGCGACUUAUCGUCAUGGCUUGUCUACUAUUCCGAGAACAAGACGCUCUACGGACACGUUCCUGGGGACAUGAAGCCCCAAAAGUUCACUAUCCCGCUGAAAGCAUCUCAGGGAUCCACCAUCGAAUCGCAGGACUUUGAAAUCGAUGUUCUCGAGCCAGCGGAAACCCACAAUGGAAACCAUGACCCAUUCUCUGAUCCGUCUAACCCUUCGCACAAGAAAGCUGGUAUCAUCGCGAUCUCCGUUGUCAUCCCAGUUGUAGUCAUUUUGAGUGCUAUCAUUCUCUUCUGUUGCUGGCGCCGGAGAAGAAAGACUGCUACAGUGGAGGAAGGAGAUUUCAAGGCGAAACCAUCGCCUCCUCCCCGACCAGCCAGACCGGACAUGCCAAUGGAUGGCCCACCUGGUGUCACUGAAAGGCCCUCUCAAGAUGAUCAUUCAGAUGACUGGAUAAGCCCUAUCUCUCCCGCAUCGGACCUCCCCAAACUUGAACUUGGCCCAUCUUGGAACGUCUCAUCGUUUGACAAGCGAGACGAUACCGUAAACAUGAGCGCCAAUCCCAAGCCCAACCCGCCACCUCGUUCUCCGAAGCGCAGUACCUUUGUUCCUCUGCGAGACCCGAUUAUUGAAGAGGAUAAGCCGAUUGAUUUCUCUCCCAACAAGAUACAAAGCAACAGGUUAUCGUAUGCUCGCAGCCCUCCCGUUCGCCGUCGCUCUGGUAGAGGUUCUCGUCGUGAGCCUUUGAAGAAUAUCCAGCCUCGAGUCGCGAAACGCGAAUCUAUGCAAUCUUCGAGGUCUAAAAGAUAUUCCAAGCGGUCAAGUGGAAUCUCUGUUGCUUCUGGACUGCCGGUUCGACUCAGCGGUGCCGGACAUGGUGCUGGUGGGUUUGGACCUCCGGGACACGGAAUGGUUCACAUGUCAUGGCAGACCACCAAGGGUUCUCUGAUGAGUGACGAAAGCAGCCUUACGAACAUGACUCCUUUGUUCCCUCGACCACCUCUUGCUCCUAUGAGACACAGCAUGACACCUAGCAUCCCAGAACACUACAAGCGAGUGACUAUGAGGGCCGUCGAGCCCGACGAGUCUACCAUCUCUGAGACAGACUCACUCGAGGCCUUUGUCCAUAGCCGAGCCAAGCACCGCAACUCCUCCAACCCUCUCUUCUCUGCCCAGAUCAGUCGUCGUACGUCUUCUGGUAUGCGCGCACUCGAGCGGGCUCGCAGUAUUCGCAGUCGUGCCGACACUGUCUCGGUCUCGACCUUCAGUGACGAAUUUAGACAGUCAAUUCAAGGACGGCCCUACUCUACAGCACUGUCUGUUUCGGAGUAUGGCGAUGAAAACGCCAGAUUUUCCCAAUAUCAGACUCUCCAAGCACCGUCUCAUCUAUUCCCUCUUGCUGAAGGCCAUGGCCAGAGUCAAAGCCAGCUGAGUCUGGCACAAGACUACCGUGGAGUGAUCUCCCCACUUCCACGAUUCUGGAGUGAAACCAGCUUAAGCAGUUCUCAGCGCCUAGAGUCCGGUUCCCACCCAAUGCCUCCCCUCCGAGCCAAAGAGAGCUCGACUGUACCACAAAGUUCGUCCAUGGUGUCAGAUCUUGACGUACACCUAUCCCGAAAAGCUUCCCCUCAAAAAGCCACCGACUACUCCGCUCAAGAGUGGCAAACAAUAAACGAGCCUCUUGAACCGCCACCUCUUCUAAAGAGCGCUAGUUCGCGGGGACUCCCUGUGGCUAGCAGCGGCGAGCUAGCGUUUGUUUGA